AUGAAACGAAUGCUAAAACAACUGCUCAUCGAUAACUCAAAGUCUUCUAUUUCUUUAACUUCUUCUCGAUUUAGCGAAGUCGUUCUUCUCGUUGGAGGUUUUUGUCGAACAAGAACCGCGACUCCUACUACUGUCGCUGCUCGUGGUGUUUCGAGUGCUUUUACUACUCGAUCUUCAUCGCGUGAUGGAAAAAAAUCCAUCGCGACUUCUUCGACGGCGUCGUCGUUUUCGUCGCUCGAUGGGAACGACGAUGAAACUGCAAACACCGCGAGUAGUGCAUCAAAGAAGAAAAACAAGUACCCGUCCAAAUUCGAUUCGAACGAGAAAGUGAACAAAGAUUUCACGCCGAACAGGUACCAAACGCAAGAGGAAAACGAACUGAAAACAAAACAAAUGAGAGAAGUGAAACGGAAGGAAUAUUUGGAGAAGAUUGUGAAAAGCGAAAACAAUCGAGAUUUUCAAUCGAGCGAUCACGCGAACGCGAUCGGAGGAGACGGGACGGUGACGAAGUAUUACGAGAACGUGGAUAUCAGAGAAGUCUCGUCGACGCAAAACCAAUACGAAAUCUUAUUAGACGGGAAACCGUUAAAGUCGCCGAAACGCGCGCAGUUUAUAUUACCGAACAAGUUGUUAGCGAGCGCAAUCGCCACGGAAUGGGCGACACAGGAGGACGAUUUGAUUCGGCCGUUUACCAUGCCGUUGAUGCAGUUAUCGUCCACGGCGUUAGAUCACAUGAGCGACUACGCGACGUUUGAUUUUCACGUGAAGAAGUUGCUCGAAUUUUUCGACGCCGAUCAAGCCGUGGUGGCGCACCCGAGCGGGAGCGAAUUAAGAGAGAUCCAGUUGAAAACAUUGAAGAAAGUGCACGAUUGGGCCAGGAGGGAGUUUGGGGAGCAGUUGAAUUUAAGUUCAGACUCGAUAUUCGCGCAACCGCAGCCGGAGGAGGUGAAACUUUUGAUGGAGAAACGUUUGCGGUCGUUGUCGCCGUGGGAGAUGACGUGUACGUUUGCGGCGGCGGCGGCAGCCAAAUCGCUCUUGAUCGGAUUAGCGUUGAAUAGAAAUAUCAUCGACCCGGAGGAGGCUUUGAAGUGCGCUCGAGUAGAGGAAGAUUAUCAAAUCGAAAGGCACGGAUUCGUCGAAGGCGGGCACGAUAUCGACAUUUCCGAUUUGCGGGUGCGAUUGACGGCGCCGCACGCUUUAAACUUAAUUUUGAAAGCGAAAAUGGGGGACGAUGUAGACAUACUAGUUCGUAAUAGUUUUAUGUAG